AUGGAUCUUGUGAUUGAUGGCAAGUUUAAGCUUGGGAAGAAGAUUGGCAAUGGAUCUUUUGGAGAGAUUUAUUUGGGAGUAAAUGUACUAAGUGGUGAAGAAGUUGCAGUGAAGCUGGAAUAUACAAAGACUAAUCAUCCUCAGCUUCUCUAUGAGUCUAAAUUGUACAAGCUUCUCCAAGGAGGAACCGGUGUUCCGCACCUAAAAUGGGAUGGUGUUACUGUUGAUGGAGAAUACAAUGCUAUGGUUAUCGACCUUCUUGGACCGAGUUUGGAAGACUUGUUUAAUUAUUGUAAUAGGAAGUUGACUCUGAAAACAGUUUUAAUGCUUGCAGAUCAGUUAAUAAACAGAGUUGAAUAUAUGCAUUCAAAAGGCCUUGUUCACCGCGACAUUAAGCCAGAAAACUUUUUGAUGGGUCUAGGGCGCAACGAAAAUCAGGUGUACAUUAUUGAUUAUGGUCUUGCAAGGAAGUAUAUGGAUCUUCAGACUCGCAAGCAUAUACAAUAUAGGGAAAACAAAAAUCUCAUUGGAACGGCUCGUUAUGCUAGUGUUAACACCCACCUCGGAGUUGAGCAAAGCAGGAGGGAUGAUCUAGAGUCUAUUGGCUAUAUACUCAUGUAUUUCCUGAGAGGAAGCCUUCCCUGGCAAGGACAAGGACGCCAAGCGGACACUAAGAAGCAGAGAUAUGACAAAAUUUGCGAAAAGAAGAAGGUUACGUCCGUUGAGUCGCUUUGUGAAUCUUAUCCUUCCGAAUUCGCAUCAUAUCUCCAUUAUUGUCGAUCAUUGCGAUUUGAUGACAAGCCAAAUUAUUCCUACUUGAAGAAGCUUUUUCGUGAUCUGUUCAUCAGAGAAGGUUAUCAGUUUGACUACGUAUUUGACUGGACUACAUUGAAGUAUCCUCAAGUUGUGGAUCGAGUUCUAGAGAAAGGGUCAGUAUAUCUUUAGUUCUCUAUUGUUUUCGUCUCUCUCAUAAUGUUAUACUAAAAACCAAAGUCGGUGGUGAAUGCAUCUCUCGGAUUUGGUCCUUCCUUUUUUUGGUUUGGCAGAUUUGGUCUUUCUAGCUAAU